AUGUUCCCGCAAUGGUGCUCUGCGGAGCAGCGGUUGGCGCAGGGAGGGGGGAGGCGGCGGAAGUGGGUGUGGGUGUGUGCGGGGAUGGCUGCCGCUGCUGUGCUCUUGCUGGCGAUGCUGACUCAACUCACGCCACCGAAACCCCCAGAACACCCCUUUACCUCCACCACCACCCCCACUACCUCCUCCUCCUCCUCCUCCUCAUCCACCUCCCCUGUGCCUCCGCGGAUAGCAGUCUGUCUGGUGGGUGGCGCCAGGGACUUCGAACUCACAGGGCCUAGCAUCGUCACCCGCCUAUUAGCCGGCCUCGCUUCUUCCUCCCCGUCCCCCUCGCACGCUUCCUCUCCCUCCUCUCUCUCCUCCUCUUACGCCCCCACGCGCCCCUCACCACUCCCAGUUCUCUUCCUCAACUCGCCUCUUGACGAGAACGCACACAAGCUCUGGGCGCUCAAAUGGGCCGUGCGACCACGAUCACGCACCACCGAUCUACCCACACGCGACCACUCGAGCAGCAGUGACGGCUACUCCUCCUCCUCCACCAGUGAACCGCCACCACUACCACUGACCAGUGACAUUCCACCCGGCACGGUUUCCUCUGAGCUGGAGGCGUUGAUGGGAACUGUUUUGCUGGGUGCAGUGAACAUAUUCGCACCCACGUGGCUCAACGAGUCGGCUCUCCUGCACAACCGCUCGUCUGUUCUCUACGGCGGCACGUCCCCCCAGGGCGUGCAGGGGUUACUGCAGUACUUCCGCCUCGUGGAAACCUGCAUACCGCUUAUUAGAGGGUACGAGUGGCGGCAUGGCGUUACGUUUGACUGGAUCGUGAGAACGAGAGUGGAUACGUUCUGGUCCGCCCCGCUUCCUCCUCUCUCUCCUCUCUCUUCUUCUUCCGCUCCCUCUUCUCCUCCUCCUCCUCCUCCUCACUCAACCGGUGGCCUGUCUUCGCUCCUUCCUCCGGCGCUGCGCCGAUGGCCGUUUGAGACGGUUCAGAAGCGGCCGGAGUCAGGCAGUGGGAGGUUGUCAGGAGGAGGAGUGGGCGAUGGUGCAGCAGCUGUGUAUGCAGUGGCGCCAGCAGGGGAGAGUGCAGGGGGCGGGGGCACCGAUCUCAACUCAAAAAAGGGUCUGAGGGCGCAGCUGCAGGUGGCAGGGGUGCGCGUGGGGCGGGUGGACGUGCCCUUCUGUGUGCUCUCCCGCCGGCCCUACCCAGCAGACGAUGCGCCCGUUGCUGCGCUCUCCUCCUCCGCUGCUCUGCUCCUCACCAACGUGCUCGUUGCUGCUCACUCACAGCCCGAUCUCAACUCGGAAAAGGGUCUGAGGGCACAGCUACAAGUAGCGGGGGUGCGAGUGGGGCGGGUGGACGUGCCCUUCUGUGUGCUCUCGCGCCGGCCCUACCCAGAUGACGAUGUUCUCGCGGCUGCGCUCUCCUCCUCCGCUCCUCUCAAUGGCGCCAAGUGCUGGCCCUGCACGCCCGCCUACACUGGCCUCCGGGUUUUCUUUGGAGGCGCCUCACGAAGUGGCGACUCUCAAGUGCUGGCCCUGCACGCCCGCUUUCACUGGACUCCUGGUAAGCUUGCUUCAGAGGCGGAAGCAAAGGUUGGCUCUCUUGCCUCGCAAGUGCUGGCCCUGCACUCCUCCUUCCCUCACUGCCCUCCAGCACGCAAGCCCGCCAACACUGGCUUCCGGGCGCUACUCAUGUACGCCCUCACUCCCCCCCGCCCCCCCACGCGCUGGAUCUGUCUUUCUCCCCCAAUGAUCAGCGCUCCUCAAGUACGUCCUAAUCCCCCCCACGCGCUGGAUCCGCUCUACCUCCCUUCAAUUCCCCCUUCAGCCAUCAGAUCCCCUCAAAUUCUCCCCCUCAUUCCCCCUACCAACCACCCCCCUCCUCUCCCCCUCCCCCAGGCGCUCCUCAAGUACGCCCUCAUCCCCCCCACGCGCUGGAUCCGCUCGCCCUCCGCGGACUGGCUCAACCGCCCCGCCUCCCCCCGCGGGGCAGUGCAGCUGUGCGACCCCACUCACCCCUGGGAGCCCGCGUGGCCCGCCGCCUUUGACGCCGCUGCUGGCGCUGACCUGGCUGCCCUGAGGAGGGUGGUUGAGGAUGUGGGCUUGGAGGAGUGCGAGCGACGGUUUGAAGAGGUGAGGGGGGAGGUGGGAGAGCUCUGUGACCCCACUCAUCCCUGGGAAUCCGACUGGCCCACUGCUUUUGACGCUGCUGCUGGUGCUGAGCUCGCUGAUCUGCGGAGGGUGGUUGAGGACGUGGGCUUGGAAGAGUGUGUGAGGCGGUUUGAAGAGGUGAGAUUCGUGCUCCUCUGUGUUUCCACGCGUCCCUGGGAAUCCGCUUGGCCCGCCGCCUUUGACGCCGCUGCUGGUGCUGAGUUGGCGGCGCUGCGGGUGCUCCUCUGCGAUCCCACGCGCUCCUGGGACCCCGCCGCCUGGCCCACCGCCUUUGACAAAGCCGUUGGUGCUGACCUGGCUGCUCUGAGGAGGGUCGUUGAGGAUUUCAAGUCGGCAGCGGACAAGUGGUCAGCCCUGCCCAUCGCAGCCAUCUGCCAUCGCUCGCUGCUGGGCCCCAUGCACCUCCUCGGCCCGCCCUCUGCCUCCCUUGCCUGCAUGGACGCUCACAGCAGUAGCAGCAAUGGUGGCGCGGACGAGUGGUCAGCCCCACCCAUCGCUGCCAUCUGCCAUCGCGCCCUGCUGGGCCCCAUGGACCUCCUCGGCCCGCCCUCUGCCUCUUUCUACACCGCCACCUCCCCCCUCUCCGCCUCCAGCUCACUUGCCUGCACAGACCCUCACAGCAGCAGCAGCAGCAGCAGAGGUGGUGGUGGUGGUAGUGGUUCUGAGGGUGAGGGGGUGGGAGGGGAGGGGACGUGGGAGGAGGAGGUGGUGAGGCGGGUAUUGGGUGUGGCAGUGGUUCAUGCUGCACUGGACGAGGUCAGCAGCAGCAGCAGCAGCGCACACAGGCAGAGAACACCACUGGACGUGCUCAAGGUGAGUGGUGAUGUGUGCUCUUCUGAGAAUUUUCAAAAGCGCCGUACUGGACGAGCCCAUUACACCACCACACAUGUCUGUCUCCUCUCACCUUCUCACCUUCUCCUCUCUCCCUUCCUCACCCGAACCUUCUUUCCCCAGUUGAGCCUGGAUGGAUCCGACCUCCCCACCCUAGCAGCCCUGCUACGCCAGCACUCCCUACCACCAGCCUGCCAGCUGCUAGUUGCCUUCCCCACCGACCAACCAGACAGCACCACGUGGCGCAGGGACAUUGUGAUAGGGCUGGAGCGGGAGCAGGUGUAUCUGGCAGCGUGCGUGCAGGAGUGGUGGAGUGCGGUGGAGAGGUGUACCUUCUUCUCUGUGCCUCACUGCUCCUCGCUGCUACUAGGUGUGAAGAAGCGCACUCAAACUCACGGCAAGUGA